CCUACCCACCACCAACGUACCCACCUACCUACCCUCCACCAACGUACCCACCUACCUACCCUCCACCAACAUACCCACCUACCUACCCUCCACCAACAUACCCACCUACCAACCCCCCACCUACUUUCAUGCCCACUAACGAACCCAAUUCCUCCUCCACCACCUUCCCGCCCUCCACGCACCCGACCAUUCCAACAGUGACGCCUGUGUACUAUCCACCGCCUUGGUGUGGCAUGUACGGACAGUGUGGGUGUCCGCAGGUAACCACGCCCCCUGCCUGCCCCUACCUCGCGUAUGGGACAGGUGCCAGACGCGUCCGAAGUAUUGCUCAGCGGGCGUGUAGCUUGAACGGUCAGUGUCCCGCGGGCUCCUCCUGCUGCACCCACGCCUGCUACAGGUCCAAGGUGUGCACGCCCACCAUCACCACGCCCACACCACGCCCACGCAAGGUGAAGGUGAGUGUGAUGAUGACGUCCGCCAGCAGUGACUGCAGCGUCUUCAUCAAGGAGCACCUCAUACCCUUCACCGCAGCCCUCCAGAAUCACCUGCAGAUCGAACUAAUACCUUAUGGCAAAGUUGGCAAGGAUGGAGGCUGCCAGUACGGGUAUGGUGACUGUCUGGGGAACUGGCUGGUCAGUUGUGGAGGUCGUCACCUGACUGGUGGAGAGUCAGCCCAGCUCGCCUUCGCCGCCUGCCUCACCCAACACACACACAUCCUCAGCACCUCAAACUUCACCGCCAUCAUGGCCGCUGCCGUACAGUGUACGGUGGACCAGCCAGCCAGGGUGGAGAGGAUGUACCAGUGUGCCGUCAGCGUGGAGGGCCUCAAUUUGUUCCAGGAAGCCGGCCGAAGGCAGCGACAACUAACACCAGCGCUCACACAAGUGCCAACCAUUGCUCUUGACGGGGUAGUGGUGAUCCGGUUGGCUCAUGACGUGAAGGCGUUCCCCAAGCUGCUGUGUGACCGUCUCCGGCAGGUGGCCGGCGCCCACCAGCUCUGCCUCGCCACCCAAAGCAAGCUGCUCUUGUCAACUCCCUCACACCGUUAAUGGCGUCAGCGCCUUCCCCGCUCCAUCAGCAUCUUCGCUACACUAUCGACUCAGUCAGCACCUAUUUUACUUCAUUGUUUAUGUAAUAAGUAUCAUGUUUAUGAUCUUGAAAACAUAAUAAACGAAUGCGUGGAGCAGGAGAGUGCUUGUACAGUCGGGAGAUGUGGCCACCCAUAUCUCGCCAGUCACAGCUGACACGGAGGGGAUGGGGGAGGGGCAUGUGCUGAGUGUGGUGGUCCAAACAACUGUAACAUGUACUAUGUGGUGGUCUAGACAACUGUAACAUGUACUGUUUGUAGUUUAGACAACUGUAACAAUGUACUCUGUGGUGGUCUAGACAACUGUAACAUGCAUACUAGGUCUAGACAACUGUAGCAUGUACUGUUUGGUGGUCUAGACAACUGUAACAUAUACUGCGUGGUGGUCUAGACAACUGUAACAUAUACUGCGUGGUGGUCUAGACAACUGUAACAUAUACUGCGUGGUGGUCUAACCAACUGUAACAUAUACUGCGUGGUGGUCUAGACAACUGUAACAUGCAUACUAGGUCUAGACAACUGUAGCAUGUACUGCGUGGUGGUCUAGACAACUGUAACAUAUACUGCGUGGUGGUCUAGACAACUGUAACAUAUACUGCGUGGUGGUCUAGCCAACUGUAACAUAUACUGCGUGGUGGUCUAGACAACUGUAACAUAUACUGCGUGGUGGUCUAGACAACUGUAACAUAUACUGCGUGGUGGUCUAGCCAACUGUAACAUAUACUGCGUGGUGGUCUAGACAACUGUAACAUAUACUGCGUGGUGGUCUAGCCAACUGUAACAUAUACUGCGUGGUGGUCUAGACAACUGUAACAUGCAUACUAGGUCUAGACAACUGUAGCAUGUACUGCGUGGUGGUCUAGACAACUGUAACAUAUACUGCGUGGUGGUCUAGACAACUGUAGCAUAUACUACCUUACAAACAAAUAUGACUGGGCUGAUCUCAUCAAAACUUAAAAUACUAAACAAUUUGGAGGCUAUUGUUCCGGACAACUUCUUCAAAAGGUCUGAUGUAACACAACCAAAGAGCAACGGUUUCAAGCCACAAAGGACUGAAAACAGGAGAUGCUUUUCCACCCAUAGGUUCCAUCCAUGGAACCGCCUGCCCGCCGAGGCCGUAAUGCCAAAACUGCUGAAUUUCACAAUCCAGUUGGAUGAAAUCAUCAGAACAAAUGGGGUAACUUUGACCAGCCGCCGGCUUCGUGACCUCGUCGAGGCCACUAGAGAUAUAGUGGCCCUCAUAUAAAUUUAAAUAAAUUCAGGUACAGUGUGGCGGUACAAUGUUACAUACACCGAGUUUAGUGCUUCUCUCGCUUACAUAACAUUUAUUAUUGCAAUUAUUAAAUAAUAAUGUUUUGAUGUGUUUAGAGAAUGUUGAAUGUUAAUAAAUAUUACAGUUUACUAUUAUUAAAUAUUAGAACAUUA